GCUGACUUCCAGGAACUGGCUGCGCGACAGGUCGCAUUUCCACUCGUGCACAAUUGACGGCAACACGGACGAAACAUGGCGAGCCACCUUCGCUUCGUCGCUCGGACUGUCAUGGUCCAGAACGGCAAUGUCGAUGCGGCAUAUGGCGCGCUGAGCAGAGUGCUGUCUUCUGAUGGAAUAAUUGAAUCUGUGAAGCGUAGAAGAUACUACGAGAAACCCUGUCGUGAGCGAGAGAGAAAGAGCUAUGAGGACUGUAAGAGAAUCUACAACAGUGAGAUGGCCAGAAAAAUAUAUUUUGUAUCAAGGACACAAAGACAAGAUCCAUGGCUUGGAUGUUAAGAAGACAAACUGACUGUUCAUGUUGACCCACACAUGAGUCAGGCACAGUGAUCUGCCUCACAAAAUAAAGAUCCACUGGAACAUUUUACAUGUUCACCAUCAAAAAAUCAUUGCAGGACUGUGUUCUGUCAUGACCUUAUUUCCAUUUUGGAUAUUGUUGACUUACAACAGUUUAUAGACAACAUGUUGGUAAUAAUAAAAAGCUGUCAAAUCGUAA